CACUCUCCCCGAACCCCCAAAGACGGCCAUCAUCAUCGUCGCGUUGCCUUCUUCCCACCUCCCAAAAACCCUACACCCCGCGACGACCAACCGGCGGCCGCCAUGCUCCUCCGGCGACCACUUCAGACGCUCACCCUCCCCCUCCUCCGCCGGCACUUCUCCGCCUCCGCCGCAGCGGUUUCCGCCCCAGAUCACAACAUCGACGAACUCCUGUCGCCGCCGUUCGACUACCUCCCUGGUCACCCGCGGCCGGACGCGAAGCACGACGAGGUGAUCUUCGCCGUGCCGAGGGACUCCUCUGGCCGGCACUUCGCGGCCAAGGAACGCAAGGCUGGGCGUGUGCCGGCCAUCGUCUUCGAGCAGGAGAAUGGCCAAGAGGGCGGUAACAAGCGCCUCGUCUCGGUGCCGUCCAAGCAGAUCCGCAAGCUCGUCGACCACCUCGGACGGUCCUUCUUCCUCUCCCGCCUCUUCCGUCUCCAGGUUUGGUCCGAGCAGGCCGGGCAGGGGGACCUCAUCGAGAGCGUCCGCGUCCUGCCGCGCAAGGUGCACUUGCACGCAGGCACUGAUGAACCUCUCAAUGUGACAUUCAUGAGAGCACCUUCUUCGGCACUGCUCAAAAUAGAUGUUCCUUUAAUGUACAUUGGGGAGGACGCCUCACCUGGCCUCAGGAAAGGAGCUUACUUCAACACCAUAAAACGAACUGUCAAGUUUCUCUGCCCUGCUGACAUAGUCCCGCCAUACAUUGAAGUGGACCUAAGCGAGUUGGAUGUCGGGCAGAAACUGCUGAUGCGCGAUCUGAUAGUCCACCCGGCGCUGAAAUUGCUUCAGUCGCCAGAUCAACCCAUCUGUAGCAUUAUAGGGUCAAGAGCCCCCGACCAGAAGAAAGAGAAAUCAAAAUAACUCGCUCCGCUGUGUUAACUAUUUGCAACAGAAUAAACUUGUUUUGCUAUCUAUGCGAGUUAUUCAGUUCUUGAUUAUCCCACCUAGAACGAAUACUACUAGGAUGAUUUUGUAGCAAAAGACCACUGUUUUACCUGAGGAAUGGAAGCCAGAUGCUACAGAUAAGAAUACGGCAGGAAUGUCCAAAUAUGUUUAUGUGAUUUUGUUCACAGAAACUUCACUGUGAUGUAUUUUAUCAGAAAAGCGUUUACCUGUUGACAA